AUGGCCGAGGAGCUUGAUGUGCACAGUGGAGAUACCUGGUUUGCGACUGUUCGAAUUAUAUCCGUUUUGGGCUCAGCGAUCAACUUGCUCGGUCUCUACAUAUUGCUGCGAUAUUCGCCAAAAGAGAUGCGCGAGUACUCGCUUGUUCUCAUCAAUCUUCAAGUGAUUGCGAUCCUCGGUGACCACAUAGCCGCCGAUGCUGCAACGGCUUUUAUGUUACUCCCAGCAACAGCUGGGAUUUCAUUGGGUUGGCUUUCUCUGAUUGGUGUUCGCAGCGAAGUCCAGGGUGUGUAUGUUGGUGGCUUGAUGGGCCAAAUCCAAGGUGCCACCGUUUGUUUAUUUCUCGCAAGAUUUCAAUUCAUCCUCCCGCAAGGACACUAUUUCAAGCUGACAACUCGGGCUCGAUACGCUUCUUAUGUGGCGUUGAAUGUAUUUCCGUACUUACACAUGAAUUUGAUGUUUUUGUUUGGUCGUGAUCAGAAUGUGGCUGGGACGAAGGCCUAUUAUUUGAGGCUAUACCCGGAAUUUCGUCAAUUCAUCGAAUUGGACAUUUUCUAUGGUGUGCCGGAGGGUCGAGUUUUCUUGUUGAUGGCCAAUUUAAGCGCUUUUGUGGUCAGCAUGUUUGCUCUUGGAUCAGCUUUAUCUUUUGGUUGCAUCAGCUCCCUGAGACAACAGGAAAAAGUUCUUGAAACGCGUUUGGUGAAUAGCCAGCGGCGUUUGGUGAAAGCGCUGAUGAUACAAGUGGCUAUCCCGGCGAUCACUUUAGCUUUGCCGACUCUUUUUGGCGUGCUGAGCGUUUUCUCCGGCACCACCGCCUACUCAAGAUACAAUCCGAUCCUGUUGCUUUUCUAUUCACAACACGGCUUCGCCAAUACGAUCGCCGUUUUAACGCUUUACAAACCUUAUCGAGAGGGGCUGAAGUCAACGCUGCAAGAUGCGGCACAAAGAAAGACGCAUAAUGCCGUCAUCAAACCACCGCAUUUCUAUCGUCGUUUCCACGAUUCAAGCGUGAUCUUCCCUUUAGCGUCUGCCAUACUUUACAGUCUGUUGCUCAACUGCACUCUAGUGUCACUUGCUAAUGAAUCCAAAGUCGAAUUGAAACUUGGGUUUGAUAAAACUUUUGACAAGGGAUCGUUGGCUCAAAGGCAGCAGAUGAUGAUUUCA